CAUGGGUGGCCACAGAACUUCAAAACCUGCCCAAAAGUAUUACCACCUUCUCCUGUAAACCCCUCAGCUCUCCAUCGCCUUCUCCAUGGACAAAUCAGCAGUCCCCAGGCCCCACUCAUACAAUCGCCUCAUAGUAUUCAUGAUAGUUUCAUGUCUUCUAUGUAUGACAUAUCUUACAUUCAUCGUCCCGAAUAUUAAAGUAACACACAUCUCCACUUCUUUACAGGCUCUUUAUCCACCAACCUCUCUUGAACAUAUAAUUUUUGGCAUUGCCUCGAAUGAUAAAACUUGGUUGAGUCGGAAGGAAUAUGUUAGGCUCUGGUGGAGGCCUCAGGAGAUGAGGGGUUGUGUGUUCCUGGAAAACGCACCCCAAAAUGCGACACCAGUCGAUCAGGCUGAUGCAAGUGCUCUUCCUCCUGUAUGCGUCUCUGGAGACACAUCUCGAUUUCGUUACACAUAUCGGAACGGCCUGCGGUCCGCUAUACGUGUUGCACGUGUUGUCUCGGAAACUGUAGCUCUUAACCAUUCGAAUGUGAGGUGGUUUGUGUUUGGGGAUGAUGAUACAGUUUUCUUCCCUGAAAAUCUGGUGAAGACCCUGUCAAAGUAUGAUCAUGGCUUGUGGUACUACAUUGGGACAAAUUCAGAAAGUUAUAUUCAAAAUAAGCUCUUCUCCUUUGAAAUGGCCUUCGGAGGAGCUGGUUUUGCUAUAAGCUAUCCCCUGGCAAAGGUUUUGGCUAAAGUUUUUGAUUCUUGCCUCGAACGAUACCCACACCUUUAUGGAAGUGACAGCAGGAUCCAGUCCUGUCUGGCCGAGCUUGGCGUUAGUUUAACACAUGAACCUGGAUUCCAUCAGAUGGAUGUUCGUGGAAGUGUGUUCGGUCUCUUGGCUUCUCAUCCCAUUAGGCCCCUCGUUUCCCUCCAUCAUUGGGAGGCAAUGGACGCGAUUUUCCCCAAAAUGACACCAAUAAAGGCCCUGGAACACUUGUUUAAAGCAAUAAGCAUCGACUCCCAGAGGGUUAUGCAACAAACAGUUUGCUAUGAUCGGUGGUUUUCUUGGACAAUCUCCGUCUCGUGGGGCUAUGCUGUUCAAAUCUUCCAACACAAUGUAUUCUUACCAGAUGCUAUUCGAACUCAGGAGACGUAUGUUCCCUGGAGAAAGGGCGGCGGUAUUAAUGAUUUAUAUGUUAUCGACACGUUGGGAUAUAACCCUGAUCCAUGCCGGAGGCCUCCUGUGUUCUUCUUGCACAACGUCUUAUCUGAAAGAAAUAGAAUAAGAAGCACUUACAGAAUGAUGACCUCAGAUAACUGCACGUUCGACAUGGCCUCUCCACGGAAGCUUGAAGAGAUCAGAGUUUUCUCACAAAAACAAGACCUUGAUCACAAACAGCUGCAAGCGCCACGAAGACAAUGUUGUGACGUGCUACCGCCCUCUUCUGGCACUGUAUUGGAAGUUGCUAUUCGAGAAUGUGGUGAUGAAGAGUUAAUAUACAUGCACUAAUUUUUUCAUAAUCGAAUUUCUUGGAGUUCAUCUAACAACCUUGAUCAGCCUCUACCCCCCGGAUACACCUGGUGAUGGCAUUGGUCUAAGUGAUGCAACUUCUUUGAAUUCCUUCCUGUGUACUACAAAUCAGCCCAGUGCAUCUGAAUAGAAACUAGACAAGCACAGGACCAGACCCUCUUCCUGUUGCCGGUGUAUCAGCUUGUGAAGGAUUGGGUGGAUGACAAGGAAUGUAAUAUCAUGUAACAUGCAUUCUAAAAGUUCAGUUAAACUCUUAAGUAACAUAUACAUACAAAUACAGUUCAUUAGCUAGCAUUUUUACUUAAUUCUCCAUCAUGUUACGGAAACUUUUGAACUAAUCAAAGGAAGUUCUUAGAUCUCUCCUUCAUUUUCUUGGACUAAACGCUUCUUCUUUUCUUGGAUGCCUUGCUUAGAGUUCUCCA